AUGGGUCGGCUGAUCAUGAUAAACUCAGAUGACAUCGUCCUUGCAGACAAUGCCAGUCCACUGGGAUCUGGAGCUUUUGGAGCUGUCUACCAGGGGGUCUGGCGGAUGCCCGAGGAGGCGGAGAGGCUUUCGUCUGCUAUGGACAGUCAACGCAGUUCCCACAGCCUUGAACCGGUGCCUUCAACGGUAGACACGGCAGGGUCUACCACGGCCUCUGCCAGGCCGCGCGUUUCAACGCUAUCAACUCACAAGCUCGUCAGGGUGGCGGUGAAGAUCCUUAACGAAAACAGUGGUCCGAGCAACCUACAGGCCCUGCUUGAGGAAGCCAAGGUAAAUCAAACGGGAAUUUCUUGCAAAAAGGAAUUGCAAACUGUCUAUUGGCAACCGUUCUUUUGUUGUUGCUAG